AUGAUCGACGAUGACAGUGAACUUGAUGCGACUGCAGGCUCGAACCGCCCUGGAGGCAAUUUCGACAACACAAACUUCUUCCACUCGGACAGCUCAGAGACUUCGGAGUUUGAACUUGCAGCUCGUGUUGCGCAAAUCGAGACCCAGAACCCAAUCCGAGCUAUCAGAUGUACACACGGGUGGGGGGCUCCACGGGGAGACACAGAUUACGCAGCUCAAGAAGAGCAAGACCGUCUGUUGGCUGAGCAUCUACAACGGGAAGAGGAUGCGACCUAUCAAACCACAGCGUCGCGCAUUGCGGAAGGGCCUGUAUCAUCUGCACCUCGAGCUGCGUCUCCUCGGGUACCGUCUCAAAAGAGUGGACGCUUGGCCAGUUUGCGGCGGGCCAUUACCAACAUCGGCACACGAGAGCAUCCUAUCGAUCUAGACCCCGAACCCGACGAGGCCAAAGUUGUUGUUCCAGAAAGGGCGCGAAUCCAAGACUACGUGGCGCUGUAUGGAGAGCCUAUGGAUAUCGAUGGUGCAUCGCCUUUCCAUCAAUACAACGCAAGGCCGAUCGAUACGCCACAGGCUACGAGCACUUACGUAGACGAGAGAACGCAUCUGCGGAGUCGUGAUUGCGUCGUCUGCGGCGAUAGCGUUCAUGUUGUCGACCUACCCUCUCUUGCUGAAUGCGAUCAUCGACCGGAGACGUGUGCGGACUGUUACUCAGGAUGGAUAACCGCGCAGCUCCAAAGCAGUAGCUGGCGCGAAGCCAAAUGUCCAGGGAGCAAAUGCGAGACAGUGCUGUCAUACCAUGAGAUCCGGCUAUACGCGCAACCGGAGAUCUUCCAGCAAUACGACACAUUUAUCGCCCGAGCAGCUUUCAGCGAAGAUCCCAACUUCCGAUGGUGUCGAGCGUGUGACUCCGGUCAGAUCCACAUGAGCGGUGUCGAAGGCAAUAUCUUUACAUGCGUAGCAUGUGGACACAAAGUCUGUAUCAUCCACGAGAACACAUGGCAUGAAGGCGAAACUUGUGAGGAGUUUGAAUAUCGAUCUUCCGGUCGCAAGGAGCGAGACCAGAGAGCACAAGAAGAAGCGAGUCUUCAAGCGAUCGGGAAGCUGACCAAGAAGUGUCCCGGUCCCGGGUGUACAUGGAAUAUUGAGAAGAACGAUGGUUGCGACCACAUGACAUUAGCCAUGUCAAUGCGAGUGACGCGGUCGCAGGCCGGCAAGACGCCCCAAAAGCCUGACCGUCCUGGCUUUGUCGAGACCCCCGGGCGCAGAAAGUCGCAACGCAAAUCGCUUGCGUCCGAUGUCGACGACGGAUACGAAUCGACGCCCGAGCCAGAGAACUUCUUGAAGCCCCUCCGAUCUGCCGACAGCGAUGUGAAGCACGAAGUCGAGGAGAAGAGCAAUGGUCAUGCCAACGGGAACGGACACGCCAACGGCUACACGAAUGGACACACGAAUGGAAACGCAAAUGGGCGCACAAAGAGUGAAAAGGAGAUCGUCGAGCUGGACUACAAGAUGGAGGCGGAAAAGUUCUUCUCGCCAAAGGACAAGUCCGGCCUUCACGAGUUCGGAGGCGCCAUUGGCAUGAGCAGCAUGAUGAUCUGCUUCCCAGCGCUCAUGUACUACAUGUGGAUCGGAGCGACCUUCUACGACGGCAAAUUCCCUACACCGACCGCGGGCCAGAGCUACGGCGACUUCUUUGGACACAUGUGGUAUCUGGUAAAGACCGAGGCGUUCCCGAACAACAAAGCGUGGCAGAUCUACUGGUUCUUUGGACUCAUGCAGAUGGCCUUUUACAUGCUCAUGCCGGGUGUCUACCGCAAGGGCAAGGCUCUGCCUCAUCUUGGUGGAAAGCAGUUGGACUACUACUGCUCGGCCAUGUGGUCUUUCUACUCUAGCAUUGUCAUCAUGUUGACCCUCCACUUCACUGGUGUCUUCAAGCUGUACACUCUGAUUGACGAGUUCGGCCACAUCAUGAGCGUAGCCAUCCUUUCAGGCUUCCUCUGCUCGACAAUCGCAUACGUCUCAGCUCGCGUCCGCGGCGCUGACCUUCGGAUGACUGACAACCCCAUUGUCGACUUCUUCCUCGGUGCGGAGCUCAACCCCAGGCUCUUCGGCAUUCUGGACUUCAAGAUGUUCCUCGAGGUCCGCAUUCCGUGGUUCAUCCUCUUCUUCCUUUCGCUCGGUACCUGCUUGAAGCAGUACGAACAGUAUGGCUACGUAUCCAUAGAAGCCAUCUUCCUGCUCUUUGCCCACUACCUGUAUGCCGGCGCCUGCGCAAAGGGAGAGCACCUCAUCAUCACAACCUGGGAUAUGUACUACGAGAAACUUGGCUUCAUGCUCAUCUUCUGGAACAUGGCUGGUGUGCCUCUGUCGUACUGCCACUGCACCCUGUUCAUCGCCAACCACCACCCUUCCGAAUACCAGCUCCCAACCUGGUUCACCGCUCUCCUCACCCUCGCCUACCUUGGCGUUUACUACAUCUGGGACACGACCAACUCGCAAAAGAACCAGUUCCGUCAAGAGGAGCGUGGUGUUGUCGACGAGCGCACUACCUUCCCCUACUUCAAGUACGGACGCAUCGCCAACCCCAAGACUAUCCAGACAUCGCAUGGCAACAAGAUUCUGGCUGACGGCUGGUACGGCAAGGCGCGUAAGAUUCACUACACGUGCGAUCUGUUCUUCGCAAUCAGUUGGGGUCUUAUUACCGGCUUCAGCAGCCCGUUCCCAUGGUUCUACUCGGUUUUCUUUGCCGGUAUGAUCAUCCACAGGGCGCUGAGAGACAUUGAGAAGUGCCGGGAGAAGUACGGCGAGGCAUGGAAGGAGUACGAGAGGCAGGUGCCUUAUUUGUUCAUUCCGUACGUGUUUUAA